UGUGUCUCAUUCUUGGUUAGAUUCCCAUUUUGUUAACAUGGACUACAGCGAGUAUUUCCCAGAAAUGUCCCCGAUGGAUGAAAUUUUGGAGAGGGAUUUCUCGAGCGAUGUUUGCGGUCCAGAUUGGUCACACAACCAUAGACUGGGAGAUCUGGUUGGCGAAGAUAACUUCGAGAAUAUUUUGUUGCAAACAAGACUUGAUUUGGACAACUUCGAGACCGAGUCAAUCGCCAGUAGCGAGCCUCAGAGCCCACUGAAUUUGCAAGUUGGCAAAAACCAACUCUUCACCGACGACGAAUUGAUUAGUAUCUCUAUAAGACUUCUAAACCAACAGUUGAAGACUUUGCCAAAAGCGGAGGCGAAGCAAAUUAGAAAACGGAGGAGAAGCCUGAAGAAUCGUGGCUAUGCUACAAUCUGUCGACAAAGGCGCACGGCACUGAAAGAAAGCCUCGAACAGCAAAACAAGCGAUUGAAAUUGGAGUUGAAAGAAGCGAAGGAAAACCUUUACAAUACUUUGAGAGACAGAGAUAUGUUUAAGAAGAAAUAUGAACAACUCCACGCAUUGCUUUCGAGCCGUAAGCGGCACUUGUCUUCGUGAUUAUCGGUAAUAAUGGCUUUGAGGCCACAUUCAUGAACACAUUUCCAUUCCAUGUACUUAUAUUGUGGAUGACAUGAUCACGAAAGUAACUUAGCUGACUGUAAUUAGAAUUUCGCAAAGUCCAAGAACCCACGCUCAAGGAUUUACGCAGCGAACGUUAUUUAUGUUAGUGAAAUUGAACUUUACUAGACCCUUCGUCGCGCAACGAGUCUCGCUUAAAGUAUAUCGAGACAAAGGUAGAGCUGUUUCUCAGAAGUGUUUAAUAUAAUUGAAUGAUCUUCAUCUUUUACGAAACCUUGCUUUCCAUUUAUUCUCUCGGUCAUAAACCGCUGAAUAUAAUAUAUUUUGAAUAUUUGUCAGUUUAGAGUUGUUGUGGCGUUCACAAAGCUCAGUAGCAUAUUGAGUAAUGUAUUAUGGUAAAGAAAUUGUAAAGUCUUUGGAUACUGUUGAUGAAUAAGUAGCCAGUCAGAUUGAUUUAGAUGUAUGAAUUGUGUACAUUGACCAUAUUUUGGAACCCUGACAUGCUACAGUUGUCCAGUUGUUGAUAAAUUCAAUUCAGUUAAAUGUUAUCAAAUUCCACGGAAAUUUUGUCGUGUUGCUACCAAUAAUAGCUAUUUAAAUCUGUGGUGGUCUAUUUUAACUUUACGAAAGAAAUUGUAAUUAAUGAUUCCGCCAAAAGAUGAGAAAUACAUGUACUUGAUAAGUGUUAUCUGCGGAAUAAAUUAUAACAUGUUAAGUUCA